AAAGAAAGAAAGAAACAAACGAAGGAAGAGAAAGAGAAAGAGAGAGAAGGGGGGAGGCCUUGACUUUGUUACUUUACAGUGUGAAGGCGUCAUCCAUCAAUAAUUUUGACUCCUCUCUUUCUCUCUAUCUCUCUUUCUUCCCCGUUUGGAGCUGGAGUGCGUUGUAAACCGCGUUCGGGAGUUCAACGCCCGACUCGGACUCCGUCCCAUCUCCCAUCCUCCUCCUUCUCAGUACUCAUCGUCGUCAAACCUCCCUCUUCAGCUCUGCAGAUGGAUUUCCCCUUUCCCUUGUUUCUUUUCCAGCGGAUUCGUUAUUAUUUGUACAAGCACAACGCCUGAUUAAGAGACGCUAAUCAUGAUCAUUAUUCUUAAUAUUAUUCUUGUUUCCAUAUCUCGCUAUGCGUUGGCUUCAAAACAUUUCCUUCUCGUCGUCGUCUAAUCCUUCCACCUCUGCCUCUUCUUCCUCUUCUGCUGUUGGCGAUGCCACUUUUUCUCCUGCAAAGAAGCACAGCCAUUAUCGGAGCUAUAUUCGAGCCGGUCCGCUAGCUUUGCGUUUCGGCGGUGGUGGUGGGCCCAGGUUCAUUCGCCCGAAGAAGCUCCGCCAUUUGACCGCAAAUGAGGUUACAGACCGAGCCUCUUCCGCUUCCGCUACCGCUACGAAACCCAACUCAGACUCCGCUGAGUCCGUUCAGCUUUCGCGGUCUCCCAGUAGCUCUUCCUCCACCGUCCCGUUGAGGUUGUCAUCGUCAGCUCCUGUGCCAGUGCCGUUGCCCCUGCCUUUACCUCUCCCUGACAAUUCUAAUUCUGGAGACGGGGACUUGCGCUUGAAGUCGCCUAAGGAGAAGGAUCGAGACGGUGUUAAGGAGAGAGAAAGAGAAAGAAGUGAUGGCUCCGGACGAGAGGGAUUUUCUUCUUCGACCUCUCCAAUUAAGAGUGUAUUCCUUGGUCGAGAUACUAGGAAGGCGGUGGAGCAUCUAGAUAUAAGGUCACCUAGGAAGGUUCAUCCAGAUUUUGUUAUGGAUAAUUAUGGAGAGAACUUCAAGGCCAAUGUUCCUACUAGGAGCGCUCCUACUAGUCCAUUUUCAAGUCCUGUACUCAGCCCACAAACAUUAACUUCUGUUGCGGAUUUGUUGCCUUACUAUCAAAUGAUUGCUAAAGGAAAUCAAGUCUGGUCUGCACCAGAAAUGGCAACGAUAGAUAUACCCGGGCUUCCUCCCCCAGCAUUUUUUGAUUACACUGCAUUCAAUAGUGACAGUUCUCCCCUUCAUAGUCCACCAAGUAGAAGUCCCCGCCGGAAUCCAAGAAGCCCUAAUGGACCUGCGUCACCACUGAAUGCAAAACUUUCAAUUGAAACCUUGACCCCAGGCCGUGAAAGUAAUGCUAACUUUGAGGUCCAUCCAUUACCCCUUCCUCCUGGAGCUGCCAGGCCUUCAGUGUCAACUCCAGUUCCACAAGUUAUUGCUAAAGCAGAGUCCAUGCCCUUGAAAAGUCAGUGGCAGAAGGGAAAGCUUAUUGGACGUGGUACAUUUGGCAGUGUUUAUGUUGCCAGCAAUAGGGAAACUGGGGCCCUAUGUGCAAUGAAGGAAGUAGACAUAUUUCCAGACGACCCAAAAUCUGCAGAGUCUAUAAAGCAAUUAGAGCAGGAAAUUAAAAUUCUCAGCCAUCUGAAGCAUCCAAACAUUGUGCAAUAUUACGGUAGUGAAAUAGUUGAAGACCGCUUCUAUAUAUAUCUAGAGUAUGUUCAUCCUGGUUCAAUCAAUAAAUACGUGCGCGAACAUUGUGGAGCUAUAACAGAAAAUGUUGUUCGUAGUUUUACUCGCCACAUUCUCUCUGGGUUAGCCUACUUGCACAGCACAAAGACGAUACACAGGGACAUAAAAGGCGCUAAUUUGCUUGUUGAUGCAUCGGGUGUUGUCAAGCUUGCUGAUUUUGGGAUGUCGAAACAUCUUACUGGACAAGCAGCUGAGCUUUCUUUGAAGGGAAGUCCAUACUGGAUGGCUCCAGAGCUUAUGCAAGCUGUAAUGCAGAAGGAUACCAACUCUGACCUUGCACUUGCAGUUGAUAUUUGGAGUCUGGGCUGUACUAUUAUUGAAAUGUUUACAGGAAAACCUCCUUGGAGUGAUUAUGAGGGGGCUGCAGCCAUGUUUAAAGUUCUGAGGGAUAUCCCACCAAUACCUGAAACGCUGUCGCCUGAGGGCAAGGAUUUUCUAAGUUGCUGCUUUCAAAGAAAUCCCGUGGACAGGCCAUCAGCAAGCAUGUUACUAGAACAUCGUUGGUUGAAAAACUUAAUGUACCUAGAUUUUCCAUCUUCCACCCAGUCAUUUAAUGGUAUAAAAUCGACGGAUAUAACCCAUAGCCAAUGUCCAAACAUGUCUGAAAAGGGAAAGGUGGCUUCUGACAGCGAGACUGCCCAAGGAUCUCAUCGUGAAACUUCCAACUUAACAGCUCAAGUAGAUGACUGGCAGCAAGAGUUUGUUGCAGUGGUGAGUUCUCUGCCUCAUCCUUGUCAUGUCAAUGUCUUCUCAAGUUUCAAAAGCUUGUUCAUCCUGCGAAUAUAUUCUGGACUGGUGAUUUUGGAAGCAGGUUUUGUAUGCUAUUUGCUAAUUUAGAGCUUCAGCAAUUACAAAAGUUCAAUUGUUUGUAUAUUUUCCAAGUUAAUAUUCUCACUCCAAUUUAAUGGAGUCAAAAUGUAUUUAUAGAUUUAUAUUAAAAAAGGGAAAAUGUGAAAGUUACUCAUCUACCCAUGGGAAGUUUCUGUGAAA